GGAAGAAAAAAAAUUACAGACUGAGGAGAGAAGAAGAAGUUUCAGGUUAUAACACAGACUCUGUCAGACACCACCCGGCUGGUUCUCUCUGUGUCAGUCUGCCACCAUACUUUUCUUUUAGUUUCACUUCCUCUUCACCCUGUUGGUUUCUCUCUCUUACUGCUAUGAAUUUAUCCACAGAGGAACUUCCUCCUCUCUGCUCGUCUGUUAGCACCAACAACACACGUUUUUAUUCUUCUCUGGAGAUUUUCAACAGCACGCUGAACUACAGGAGUGAAGCUGUUUGUGAUGGCAGAACCAGAACCAGAACCAGCUCCAGAACCAGGGACCAGAGACACUGAAGACCGGACUGAGACGGACCGGAUGUCUCCAGAUGAAGCUCCCUGUUGUUCCAGUCUGACCACUAAGGAGCUGCAGCAGAACUUGAGGGAAGUGAAGAAGAGAGAGCGUCCCGUCAGACUGCUGUUUGAGAUCCCAUCGACUCGUAUUGUUGAACACGUUCUGUCCAAAUAUGUGGUAUAUGAGAUCGUGGUGAUGCGCUCCGGCAGCUUCGAUUCCAACCGUGUGUCUGUGGAACGCCGUUACAGCGACUUCUUCCGCUUCCACCACAAACUGCUGGAGGAGUUCAGCGAAGAGCUGGAGGAGGUGGUUCUCCCCCGAAAACACCUGAGCAGGAAUUUCUGCACCGAGAUCAUCGCAGAGCGACGCCUCGCCCUCCAGGAUUACCUGGCUAAACUGUACGCUACUCGCUGCGUUCGACACUCGCCGCUUUUUCCCAAAUUCCUCACGGACCAAGAGCAGAAGCAAGCUCACAGUUUGCUGCGAGCGGGACAGUUUCAGAUGGCUUUGGAUCAGCUGCAGACAGUUUUAGAGGUUGAGGACAAGCUGCUACCGUGGCAGAACCCCACCCUGCUCGUACCCACCCUCGCCGCCCUCGCCGUCUGUUACCGAGACCUAGACGAACCACAACAGGCGUUUGCUGUAGCUCAGAGAGCUCUGCCGCCGACGAGACGCUACGGACUGAAACGCUACAGAGCCUCGCUGUUGGACCUGCUGGUGGAUCUGGGUUAUCAGCUGGGACGUCCCGUGGCCCAGUUACAGGAGGAGCUGACGGUCCUGAGGGACGCUGAGAGGGGGGAGGUCACCUUCCACUCUCUGAAGGAGGUAGUGGUCCAUGAGUUCACCUGAGUCUCUGAAGGAGUUAGUGGUCCCUGAGUUCACCUGAGGAGGUGAUCAGAACACUCUGGACUAUUGCACUAUUUGUAUUGUUUACAGCUACACUUACUAACUAACUAACUAACACUUGACUUAUAUUUAGAUAUUUUAUCUUAUUUUUUAUAUUAUAUUCUUUUAUUCUGUUAUUUCUAUUCUGUGUAAGUAUAUUGAGAGAGCUGCAUAAAAACUGGAGUCACAUUCCUUGUAUGUAUAUGCUGCGGACAGCUCUCACAUCCACCUGUAUGCUGACGACAUCAUUCUGUAUACAUCCAGUCCAUCCCUGAGCACAGCUUCUACAGUAUCCAACCUGCCUUCUCCAACCUUCACCGUCUUCUAAAUACUAAGAAAACAAAAAAGCAUGUCUUCAACCGGAACUUACCUCUGUCGAUUGUUAAUUGAUUAGAUUCAUCAUUCACAAAACCCAGCUGACGUUUAUCGUUUACAGCACGCCAUUUUUGUUACUUCCGCCCAAAAAUGUUAAUCAAAAACAAAAAUGUCAGCUGGGAGUUGUGAAUGAUGAACGGUCGACUGUUGAUUAUCAGAGCAACGCUGUUUCAAAUAAAAUGUCAAUCAAGUUUA